AUGUCAAGCAUUGCGAAAAAGACCCAAUACAAUAUUAAGGUCGAUAUACACGAAGUAAAAGACUUAAGUUUUCGUGAGAGUGCGAAUGAGAAAGAAAUUAUACCAAAUCCUUAUAUUGAAGUGACAGUAAAUAAUGAGAAGAAGAGUACUACAAAAAAGAAUCAAGCAGUAAAUGUUGUAUAUAAUACAUCAUUUAAUUUUUCACAAGAUUUAACAGAUUAUAAAUUUGAAAGGACUAGUGUAGAUGUAUGUGUUUUACAUAAAUAUACUAUUCAGAGUGCUUUAAUAGGAAAAUGUUCCUUUGGUUUAAAUUUUGUUUAUUCCAAAGUUCAACAUUGGUUAUAUAGGAUAUGGGUAAAAUUAAGAAAUCCAGAUUUGCCAUUAGAUGAUGUUGGUUUUUUAUUAAUAUCUGUUGGUGUUUAUGGUCCAGGAGAUUCCAUACCUAUUGUUAAUGAUAGUGUUAAAACGGAUAUUCAUGAAGAUGUAUUUAGUAAUAAAGGUUUGGAUAUACAUAUUACACAUUAUGAUUUGUGUUUGAAUAUAUUUAGAGGUCAAGAUAUAGAAUUAAUAGGUAAUAGUACACUGUUUUCUAAUAUACUUGAACCAUAUGUAAAAGUAUCACAUAAUGGAUUUGAAGAAUGUACUAAAGUAAUAAGAAAUGAUCCGAAUCCAGUAUGGAAUUUAAGUAUUCAUAUUCCUACAUGUACUCCUUGUUAUGAUAAAAAUAUUCUUGUCGAAUUAAUAAAUGGAGAACAUAAUGGUAUUGUUAUAUAUAGUAUUCUCUUAGAUUUUUUUGAAAUAUUAAAAAGAGAAUUAGCACCAAGAUGGUUUAAUAUUUAUUAUAAUCCACAAAAUCAAAUCAUGCCAAGAUAUAGUGAAUAUAUGCAAAACGGAUCAAUUCAGAUAAAUUUAAAUAGUACUACGACUAAUAAUAAUAAUAAUAAUAGCACUGCUAUAAACCCUUUAGGUAAUUAUCUUUUUUCAGGAGCAGCUGAAAAAAUAUUUAAAAAUGCUACACAAGCUAUUAAUAUUAAUGAUAUAUUAGGUGUAACGAAAGUACAAAAUAUGUUUACUGAUGAUACAUUAAAGGAGUUCUAUUUAUAUGGUGGUCGUAUUUUUCUGAGUGCAAAUGCAACCAAAACACAUUCACCAGGUCCUAUUUGUAUAAAAUCAGCAAAAGUAGAGGUAGAUGCACCUAACAAAGAAUACAUUUUUUGUGCUGACAUAUAUGAAAUCUUAUCGGUUCGAAAUAAUAAAAUGGGAAAUUAUGACGAUUAUGACGGUGGCUACACCACCACCAACAACAACAACAAGAACAAAAAUAAUAAUAAUGAAAAUAAUAAUAAUGACAAUAAUGACAAUAUUUACAAUAGUAACAAUAUUUAUAAUAGCGCAAGUGAAAAAAGACGAAGUCGAUACAAUAAUAAUUAUGAUGCGAGCGGAGAAAGCAUCAUCUGCGUUUGUGCUCUUGGACCACAUAAACUAAAAACCAUUCCUCUAUUACCGAAUGAAGUUGGUUCUUAUGUUUUAAACGAAAAUGUUGGUAGAAUAGAUGAGUUUCGUAUAUUUUUACCACAAAAUAAUAAUGAACAAAUAUAUGAUAUAUUUUUAUAUAUAUACAUAAAAUCGAAUUUGGCCGUUACAAAUUGGAUUAAUAAUAGAAGGAGUAUAUAUAAUAGUGUCUUAUUAAACAAUGAAUACGAAUCCGGAGAUAGAAAUAAAAAACAGGGAUUACAUAAAAUGGGUUCUAUAAAUAAUAUAUCAGAAGAUAUAAUGCAAGAUUCGGAUUUCUUAAAUAAUUAUAAAUUAACAAGUUAUGUACGUAUUCCAUAUAAAUAUCUUUUAUUAAAUGAAAACAAGCCUAAAUGGUUUUCUAUGAAGAAUAUUGAAACAAAUGUUCAUGAAUAUAAUAUAUCUUUUUUUGCUAAUUUAAUACCUUACCAUGCUUAUAAAAAGAGACCCAAAAGAUUAGAAUAUAAAUUAUCUAGAUAUUUUUUUCGUGCUUUAAUAUAUGAAGGAUUACAUUUUCCAGCAAAAGGAUAUAAUGCUUUUCCAGAUCCUUAUAUUAAAAUUGAAUUAGCUGGACAAGUAAUUAAAACAAGUACUAUAUUACAUACAUUGAAUCCGAAUUAUUAUGAAGCAUAUGAAGUACAAGUUAUAUUACCUACUAAUUUAAAUUUAGCUCCUGAUAUAUCUAUAGAAGCUUUAUCUGUAAAUAAAUCUUUUUUAUAUAAUGAUGAUAUAUUAUUGGGAUCAUGUACAUUUCCUAUUAUGAAAGUACCAACUGAAUGGAAGAAAUCACCAAUAUGGAUACCCUUAAAAUCAUCACAAUAUAAAAAAUGUAAAGCUAAACUUCUUGUUGCUUUUGAAUUAGUACCUGUUGAAAAAGUUCUAGAUGAUACAUAUCCAUUCUAUGAUGAUAUAAGACCUUCUACAUUACCUGGUCACGUCUCUUUAUUUUUAAUAGGUAUACGAAUGUUUAAACCUUUAAAAGAUCCUUCCGUAACGGUUUGUUUUGGUAGAGAUGUCGAUGAUACAUCUCAAUUUUUGUGGCAUGAAACUACUAAUAAAGUAAUAUCAGGAAAAGAAGGUAAUUGGAACUUCUUAAAAUAUUUUUCUUUAGAUGUUAUGUUACCUAAAAGAAUGCAACACCAUAGUUUUCUAGAAGUUAGAAUAGAAGAUAGGAUAUUAAAUAGUGGGUUCACAGGAACUGCAUCUAGUAAUAUGCAUGCUGUAAAUGCAACAAAUAAUAAUCUUUUAAUAGGGACUGCAUAUAUAACUCUAAAUCCAUUACUUCCAUGGCUAGAUAAUUAUGAAAAAAAUGAAUGUGUAGAAUUAUUUAAAUUACAUUUACUAGAAGAAGUUUUAAUAGAAGAUGCAGAAAUGGAUAGAAAAUCUUACAACAGUGCAUUGAUAUAUAAAAAAAGUUCAAUAAUGUCAAGGAAAUUGUCUAAUGAUAAUUUUGAAACGCAACAGAUGGGAGAAGAAAAUGGUAUAUUUAAUGAUAUACCCAUGAAUACUUUGGAAGAAAAUGUGACCAUUAAAGGGGAUGAUAGCAGCGAUGAUGAAAAGGAUAAUAGUUAUGAUGAUGAAAAGGAUAAUAGUUAUGAUGAUGAAAAGGAUAAUAGUUAUGAUGAUGAAAAGGAUAAUAGUUAUGAUGGUGAUGAUAAAAGUGGUCAUUAUUAUCAUACAUGGGAAGAUAAUAAUAACAAUAAUAAUAAUAAUGUAACUAGUGAUCAUACUUGUAAGCAUAAAAAUGAACAUAAUAAUAAUAAAAAAGAGGACGAAAAAAGAAAAAGGGAAAAAAAAAAUACAUAUACAACAAACCAUGAUAAAAGAGAAAAUAAUAACACACAUAUUAAUAACAAUUAUAAACAUGUUAUAGAUAUAAAAAAGAAGAAAAGAAAAAAGAAUAUAAAGAAAUAUAUAAAUAAUGAAUACGUUCCAUACAAUGAUCCCGAUUUUUCUAAUGUACGUAUAGAAGAGACAUUAGAACAUGUAUGUUUUAAAAUAAAUGAUUUAACAAAAAAAGAGAAUACAUAUAUUUAUUAUAAUGAUGAACAAGAAACUUUAUGUGAUAGUAUUUCAAGUGAGAAAAGAAAAAAAUUAAAAGAUAUUCAUUUUUUUAAAGGUGGUAAACAUGAUGAUAAAGAAAAGAAAAGUACCAUUAUAGAUGGAAAGCAACCUACAACGAUAUAUGGGUUUAAUGAAGAUAUGUUAAAUUUUCAAUUAUCAUUAGCCGACGAUGAUGAACAAGAAGAAAUUCAAAGAGAUGAAAUGUUAUAUGAAUAUGAGGUAGAUAUGAAUACAGAUGAUUUACCAUAUUUAAGAGCAACAAUUUUUAGAUGUACAGAUUCAGGAGUUCCUGAAGCGGUUGGAUAUUUGAAAUAUAUAUGUAAUGUGUAUGAUGAAAAGACAAUGUAUUUAAAAAAAGAAAUGAUAAAGAAAUGUGAUGAUUUAGUAAGAGAAUAUAGAUUAACACGUAAUUUAGUAGUACGUGCAUAUAUUAUACAAGCAAGAGGUUUGAAUCCACCCUCAGGUGCAACUGAUAUAACAACAUAUAUAUGGAUAAAGAAUAGUAAUGAUAUGACAAAUAUUCCAGGAGGAUUAUCUCAUAAUAUAAAAGAUACAGGUCAUACAAAGAAGCAAGGAUAUAAACCAGAAUUUAAUAGAUGUUAUCAAUUAUUAUGUUCAUUUCCUGAUGAAUCGAUAGUACAAGUAUGUAUAAUGAAUCAGGGUUCUUUAUCAGAUGAAAUUAUAGGAUAUACAUAUAUAGAUAUGGAGGAUAGAUAUUUUAAUCAAAAAAUUAGACAAUUAAUGAUUGAUGACCUUAUGCCAAUAGAAUUAAGAUCUUUAAAAUUAGAAAAUAGUACAAUAUCUCAUGGAUCUUUAAGAUGUUGGUUUGAAAUUUUUAAUGAAGAAUUUGCUCAACUGAAUCCUAUAAAAGUGUUAUGUUCCAAUGAACCUGAUGAUUAUCAAUUAAGGCUUGUAAUAUGGAAAGUAAAUAAUGCUGCUAUGGAUGAUAAUUCGACAAUAAGUUUAUUUGUUAGAUGUAUUUAUACCGAUGAAGAUCGUGAAGAUAUAAGAGAUACAGAUACACAUUAUAAUAGUAAAGAUGGAAAAGGAAUAUUUAAUUGGAGAUUUGUUUAUAAUAUUAAAAUACCAACUAAUGCAACAAAUAUUAAAAUUCAAAUUCAUAAUUAUGCUUUAUUAUCAUCUAAUGAGCCUAUAGGUGAGGCAACCUUAGAUCUGUCUGCUCAUUUUUAUAGGGCACGUAAGAAAAAGGGUUAUUACCCCAUACCCAGAUUUUGGCUAUCGUGUAAACACCCAGCUCACAAAAACAAAGUAAGAGGAAAUGUAGAAAUAGAAGGGUCCAUUCUAAUAAAAUCUGAGGCUGAACUUGACCCAGUUGGUAAUGGAAGGGAUGAACCUAAUAAAGAUCCUUAUUUACCUCCAGUUACUGAAAAUAGAACAUAUGUGGAUUGGGUGAUGAUAAAUGAAAAAUUUGGUGCUGCAACGGCUUCGAUUAUGCAUGGCUUAAAAUGGACAGGUGUAUGGAUUGUAGUGGGUGUUAUCGUAAUUGGGAUAUUUUUCCUCAUAUUUUUGUUUAAAUGA